AUAGGUCUUUCUCAUUUUCCCUUCAAAAGGUCACUGCAAGUACAAACCUGAUCAGGGAGCCAUCGUCUCAUGGCAGAAUGUUUUGAAUGGACACAAUCUAGAAGUGGAGUUGUCAAAGGUGGUGGUUCUUCUCCUGUACUACUCCAACAUGUGCACCAGUCUGCAGGGAUUUGAGAACCUGAACUACAAGACACAGGCUGAGUUAGCAUCUGUCCUUCGCUUUGUUCUCGAUAAUGAGGACAGUCUUUCUUUGAAUGACAACCUGGAGAAUUUUCUUAAGAGAAAAGUCAAGUUUGCUCUGUCCAGUGUUUCCAGCCUCUCCAGUAUCAGUGAUGAGGAUUCCCCUGUUUUCACAAGGAAAAGGAAGCCUGAAGUACAGUUUGUGGACCUUCAGACUGUGGCUUCAAGCUCAGUGAGCUCUCCCAUCCAGGACAUACUGAAGACACCUCAGUUCCAGCUGCGCAAAUUGCGUAAACAGCUAGCUGAGGAGAGGAAUAUGAGAGACGAGUUGGAGCUGGAAUUAGCCAACAGUAAUAAGAUCAUCACUGAGAGAGAGACCCAGCUGUCCCUUCUGCAGCAGAGAGUUCAGAGGCUAAUGAGACAGAGCAAUGAGCAAAGUCAAGAGUCCAAUGAGCUGGAGGAUCUGAGGAUCAAAAAUGAAAGUCUGCUGAAGAGGUUGCAAGACAUCCUAAAGCAGUGCCAGGAUCUGAAAACCAACAAAGGCCAGAUGGAGAGGAAGAUUGACCAGCUGACGGAAGAAAACGGAAAUCUGUCUUUCCAAAUGCGUGAUGUGCUGGAUCGACUCACGAAGGCCCAAGCAGCCGUGGACAAGCUGAGUGAUGAGCAAGAGAUCUCUGUAAAAGAAUGGGAGUCCAGACGAGUUUCCCUGGAGAGCGAGCUCAACCAGGCCAUCGCAAAUAAGGAGGAUUUGUCUGAACAAAUUCUGAUUCUUCAAGGGAAAAUCUCCUUACUUGAAGACCAGCUCAGUAAGGCACAGUCUCAACAUAGGGAAGAAGGAGAAGUCAUGGGAGAUGUGUUGAAGAUGGAGAGUUUGAGACAGGAGGUGGCUGACCUUGCUGUUAAGGUGUCCCAGCUUGAAGAUGUUAUCGCUAGGCUGGAAGAGGAGAAAUCGCAGACUCAGAUGGAGCUGAAUACUGAAAGAAUCAAGUUUGAAAAUGAGAAAUCCCAUCUAGAUGGGGUCAUCUCUGGGCUGCAGCAGACCCUCUCGGACCUCAAGUGUGAGAAGGAAACGCUAGAGAGAACCUCAAGAGAACGACAAGAGCAACUUACUAACCAGAUCGAGACUUUAAAUAUGGAGAUUGCUAAACUGAGUGAUAUCGUGCACCAGAGAGAGCUUGAGGUGAAAGAAAUGGAGAAGCAGGAGCAAGCUGCGCGGGAGACUAUCGAUGGAUUGAACAAACAGGUAGAUGAUCUUGGUGAUGCUCUAAGACUGAAAGAAGAGGAAGCUGUGUCCAAUGCCCAGCAAUGGAACUUGGAGAGGCAAGAAAGCUCUCGCAGAGAGAAUUCCUUGCAAGAGGCAUCUGUGACGGCUGCAAGAGAGAGAGAUGCUGCUUUGGCUGAAUACCAUCAUUUUCAAAAGGCAAAAGAAGAAGAAAUUGAACAACUUGGACAGCAGAUCCUCACACUCGAAGAUCAUCAGAGGACUCACCAGAGUCUUAUCUCGGAGCUGAGGGAAGAGAAGCAGGUCCUGGAGGUGAAAGUCGCUGCUUUGGAGGCUGCUGUCACUGAGCUGCGCUCCAAGUGCCAGAGCCUGGAGUUUGAGAAUGAAGCUGAACGAUCCAGUCAUAUUCAAACAGUUGAAUCUUUGACAACAAGACUUCAAGAUACAGAGAGGACCCUUCACGAUUAUAAAGGAAAGCUGGCCCAUCAAUCAAGCAUAGCUGAAGAGAAUAAUAAACUCCAUCAUCAGCUAGCUGCUCUGGAGGAGACUGUGGUAAAUCUGCGAGCUGAAUUGGAAGCUGAGAGGAAAAGGUUUGAAGAAACUCGUGUUACUGAUCUACAGAGGAUCUCCCAGAUGGGAGAGGAGGUCCAGGAUCUGGCAAGUAAGAACCAGAGAAUGUCUGCUGAGUUGGAGCUUGUCCAAAAGGAGCUUUUGAAAGAGAAGCAGGGAAAAUUGACAGCAGAAUCCAGUCUGGAAAACCUCAGGGAAGAAGGCAUUGUUGUGACAACAAAACUGACCACAGAGCGAGAUCAAGCAUAUUUCGUUAUCAAGGAGAAAGAACAGGCAAUUCAGAAGCUGAAUUCUGAGGUGGGAGCUCUUGAAGGUAAGCUGGCUCUGACGGAAGAAACCAAGAUCCAGGAACUGGCAGCAAAAAAGGAGGAAAUUGAAAGGCUUAUCAGCAAAACUGAGCAAUCCUUGUUGGAACUAGAAACUGUCAAAAAGGCAAAAGAGAACGCAGACGUUCAUCUUCAGUCAACCAUUGAAGAACACCAGAAUCAACUCUCUACUCUGAGUCAGGAGUUAAAUGAUGUCCGGGCAACUUUAAAACAGAAGGAAUCAAAACUGGAAGCCUUACAGGCAGAACUGCUCUUGAAACAAGAGGAACUAAAGACCCAACAAGAAUGUAUUCUCCAUCUGCAGAAAGAGAGCUUGGUGCUUGGGGAACUCAAGAAACGCUUAGCUGAUGAAGUGCAAGGAACUUUGAUUUAUAAGCAGGAGGCAGAAGAUAAAGAAAAAGAAGUUGUCCACUUAAAAGCCCUACUAACUGCAAAGGAAAAUGAGAUCAAGUCCUUUCUUCAGAGCAUCCAGACUGGAGAAGAGAGGUCUUCUGCUAUACAGGCUCUACUGGAAAAGAGGGAGGAGGAAAUCAAGUCACUACAAUCAAGGGUUUUAGAACUAGAGCAAGCUUGUGCAGAGCAAAAGCAACAUAUCUCUGCAUUGGAAAAGGAAUUGGCAGAAGCUCAAAGGCUGGUGGUAGAAAAGACUUCAGCCUUUGAAGCUCAGACAUCACAGCUUCUGGAUCAACAUCAAGACAGAGUGGUCUCCUUAGAACAAUGUUUGGAGUCUUCAGAAUCAAUCUGCAGUGAACAGAAGAGACAGGUGGAUAAACUGUCCAAAGAACUGGAAGAGGUUCGCUCCUUGUUUGAAAUCCGUGAGACUGCCUUAAAAGAAGAAAGGACUAGUUUACAGCUAGAGAUUGAGAAACAAAAAAGAGAACUGGAUGUGCUGAAACUGGAAGAGCAACAGGAGAGAGAUUGCUUGAAAAAUCAAGUAGUUGCUACAGUGGAAGAAUUACAAAAGCUCCAAGCAGAAUCUCUUGUUGCGUCCUCCCUUAUUUCAGAGAAAGACAAUGAGCUAGAAGAUUUAAAAAAGGAACUUCAGGAUGUAAAUGGAAAACUGCAGGUGUUACAAUACCGGGAUGAUGAGAGAACAAAGUUGACAGACGCCAAGGAAAUCCAAAGCAAAGAACUAGAGAACACCAUAGAGCAGCUCCGUGGAGACGUCCUGGCUGCUUCAUCACUUGCUUCUGAGAAACAAGGGACAAUGGAGUCACUAGAAAAGGAACUUAAUUCCUUAAAACAGGAUAUAGAAAAACAAAGAGAGAGAGAGCUCUUGUCUUGCCAAGCAGUAGCUGCCGAAGAAUCCAAGUGCAGACAGCUGGAGGCGACAAUAUCCCAGCUCCGUUCAGAAGUUAAUGCGGCUUCGUCCCUUGUCUCUGAAAGGGAACUGGAGCUCACCUCACUCCAGGAGGAAAUCAAGAAGCUGAAAGAGCAAGAAGACCUGAGAAGCCAGGAAGCUGCUAAAGUGAAAGCUCAGCAAAAAGAGUUGCAGGGAACCAUAGAAAGACUCCAGACAGAAGUCCAAGUUGCUACCUCUUGUGCUGCAGAAAAAGAACAGCUGGCUAGGACUUUACAGAACAAAAUUGAUGCCCUGCAGCAGGAGAUGGGGGAGAAAGACAUAUUACGAUGCCGUGCUGUUUCUGAAGAGGAAUCUUGCCGCCGAGUGUUGGAAGACAAAGUGACCCAGCUUGAGGCUCAAGUUCUGAAGGCUUCUUCCCUUGCCUCUGAAAGAGAAUUAAAACUUAAUGCCUUACUCAGUGAAAUAAAGGAGAAGGAUAACUUGAGGAGCCAGGCUAUUUCCACUGAGGAAGCUCAGCAAAACGCGUUGGAGGAAAAGAUCGAAAAAUUGCAGUCAGAACUUCUAGCUGCGACCUCGCUUGCCUCGGAGGGACAAUCUGCGGUGGCACAAUUGCAAGCAGAGCUGAAGGCUUUGAAAGACACACAUGUGCAAUUAAUAGAGAAGGAUGAACUGAGGAGCAAAGCUUCUGCCUGUGAGGAACAUGAGCGCGAGCAGCUUCGAGAAAACAUAGAUAAGCUUCAGGCAGAAGUCCUUGCUGCCUCUGCUUUAGCUGCUGAAAGAGAACAGAGAGCAGACACCUUCCAGAAGAAACUUGAUGCUCUGCAGCAGGAAAAUGAGGAGAGAGACUUCUUGAGAUGCAGAGCAAUUGCUGCAGAGGAGGCCCAGCGCAAGGAGCUAGAAGAAACAAUAGUUAAUCUGAAGAACGAAAUGUUGUCGGCUUCCUCCCCCUCAUUUCAGCUUGAAAAUGAGAAACUGGUCACCGAAAAAGAAGCUUUACGAAAGGAAUUGAGCAAGGCUGAAGCAGAGCUGUCCGAUGUACGUCUGGAGCUGACAAAAGCCCAGACUCUUAUCGCCGAGUUGCUACCAGCUAAACGAAAGUGCCAGCAGCAGCAAGCUGAGCUCUGCCUGGCGCAGGCCAAACACCAGGAGGAACUGGAGCAAAGAGAGAGGGCUGUAGCUGCCUUGGAGGACGACUUGCAGCAGGUCAAGGAAGAACUGUCCACGCUCCGCCCACUGAGAGAGAUGACUUCAGAGCAAGACCGCGCCAUCCAGAAACUGCAGGAGGAGAACGCCGCCCACAAAGGGCAGGUCUGCAAGCUGCAGCAGAUCAACAGCCAGCUGACGAGCGAGAACCUGGAGAUCUGCUCCGAAUCCAGCCUCGGAGCGCGCCGUUUCGAUGCCGAGCUGGCCGUGGAGAGAGAGUCCCACUCCUUCGCCCUGGAGAAAGUCCGAACGGAGUACCAGAAACAGAUCGCAGCUCUGAAGGAAGAUGUCCUGGAAGGCAAGAAACGCCAAGACGUCCUGACGGAGAAGUACGAAAGCAUCAAGAAGAAAGUGCUGAGUGACAGGCAGAAGUUCCAGGACGAGAGGCAGAAGUUGGUUAUUCAGGUUGAGGAUAUGCAGAAGUUUCUGGAUUCAGAAACAUCAAAGGUAGAUGAGCUGAUGGACAGACUUGCCACAGCCAAGUCUGAACAGAACAACGUGAAGGAGCAAAAUGAAGAGCUACAGAAGCAGACCUCUGAGCUGCAGGAGCAGCUGACCCAUAAGGAUGGGGCAUUGGAGCACUACAAGGCACAGGUGGAGAAAGCCAAGACUCACUAUGGUGCCAAAAAGCAGCAGCUGCAGGAGGCCACUGAGCAGAUCCAGGCCCUGGAGAAGAAGCUGGAAGGGAGCCAGCAGGAGAACAACACUUUGAAAGCCGAGCAGAAGCAGCUGGUGACAGAGCUGCAACAGGCCCAGCUCUCCAUCAAGAAAUUGAGCUCCAAAGUCAGCAGUCUGCAGGCUCAGGUGGACCUGGCAGACAGGCAGCUGCGAGAGCAGAAGUUCCAGGCUGGCAGUAACACUACAAAGAACCACGUGUCCGAAUGUUCUGAUGUCCCAGAAAAGACACAGGAAACCAGUAAAGACAGCCUGGAUCUCAGUCUGGAUGACUCCCUCAACUCUACCAGGAAACCGUCCACCUCAACAGACAAGACGACCCCGCCGGUGAGGAGCUCGGAGCGCCUGGCAGCGAAACGCCGCCUCUUAAGUGGGGAGUCCCUAGAGACGCUCUACUUCACCCCCAUGAUGGUGCGUGCCGAAUCCAAGCUGGAGAGCAGCAUCGCCUCCCUGGGGGAGCUCACCCUCGACUCGGCCAAAAAGUCACGCUCGGCACGCCGCCGCACCACGCAGAUCAUCAACAUCACCCUCACAAAGAAGACCCCUGGAGCACCAGAGCCUGAGAGUGUUAAUUCCUCCUUCUAUAGUCUCCAGUCAGCUCAGUCCCAUCCCAACCUGUUCACUCAGACACAGAAGAGUCGCCCUGUCUCCAUGGCCUCGCUGUCCUCACGCCUGAACGCAUCCCAGGAGUUCCUCGACAAUGAGAUCUCUGCCAGCGAAUCGCUCUUCAACCUUCCUGGCUAUCGCCCUGGCGCUGCCAGCACUGUCACUGCUCGCCGGAGCACAAACGCAUUUGUAGCUGGUGCUCAGAAUGAACCCGAGCACACGGAGGACUGGAUGCGCAUUGCAGAAUUGCAGACCCGCAACAAAUCCUGUCUUCCACAUCUCAAGUCAAGCUACCCGCUGGAGAACAGGCCCAGCAUCAAUAUCCCUUCCUUCUGCAUCUCGGACGAUGACGUGAAACUGGGAGACCCUGACGAGACCAUCCGCCGAGCCUCCAUGCUGCCUGGGCAGCUCAAUGAAACUUUGGCAUCCCAUCGCAUGUCAAUGCUCCCUGGGCAGAUUCCUGCUCAUCGCAUGACCAUGCUUCCUGGCCAGAUCAGCGAGGGCCUGUCUUCUCAUCGAGCCUCCAUGCUGCCUCAGCCUUCCACCCAAUACAGCUGGCGGGCCACUGGAGACGUUUCCCAGCAGCUAAAGCGCUGCUCGAAUGUGCCGCAGGAAGGAGGAGAUACUCCUGAGUCCAAGAAGAUGAUGACUGCCUGCUUCCCAAGGCCUAUGACGCCCAAAGACAAGAAUGACCGGCGUUUCACUGUCCAGAAUGCCCAGAACAGGCCACCCAGCUGUCAGGACGGACGCCGGGAGUCGGUGAUGUUUUCGGUCGCCAACACGCCAAAGAAGAAGGGAGGCAGCCUCCUCCAGAGGAGCAUGAGCAAAAUUAGGAACAGCACCAGGAAGUCUCCCGGUUUCGCCAGCAAAACCCCCCGCAGAUCUCCACGGAUCAGCAGCAGCAAAUCUCCCAAGAAUGCUGCAAGCAUAAAGAAGACACCUGAAGGGGGACACCUGGAAUAAAAACUCCCAGAUGAAGAUGAGUCGUAAGCCAAUGAAAAACAUGAAGAUAUAAUAAUCUGCAGUGAUGAAGCCAGCCAGGUGACUGAGUGGAAGGGAAGAUUAGGGUGAACUUUACAUUGUCUCUCACAAAACCCUUCUGACCUUGGCUUUUCAGUGGAACACGGCCACAUGAUAUCCAAAACAAUCCUGUUCCUCCAGAAGUGUAAACCUGACCAUACAUUGAUUCCUUUCUCGCCUUCCGGAAUUCAUGGGCUAUCCCUCAGGGUCGGAAACAGUUGAACCUUUGACAUAAUUCUGUCAAGCAAAAUUAAGGCCAUAGGAAGGGAGAUCUCAACAUUCCAGGGUCAAUAUGUAAUUGAAUUACAAUACUGGGAAAACUUAAGUCUACCCUCCUUCACUUUCAUGCCCCCUGUAAAAUAUUUUUUAUUAUGCAGUAUAGUUAGUGCUUAAACUUAAUUAUAAAUAAAUGUUUUUUGCACAUUUGUACUUUGUGAAGUCGCUGACCAUUUUCACUCUUAAAUAAUGUGGAACAACAAGAGGUAUAGAAAGCCAGUGUCCCUUUUGUAUUUAAGCAAAACAGAACUCUUGCUUGAGGGCCUAAAUGUCCUAGUUAUUUUGGAUGACUAUUUCAAAAGGCUAGAAUUUUUAAAGGCUAUUCAUAUUUAUGUAAACUGGUCUAUUUUAUAGACCAGACAUUAUCCAGACUUUUUUUUUUUACUUUUUAAAUGUCUUAUCUCACAAACUUUACGAUUUGUUUUUGAAAUGGAAAUUGGGGACUUCAGAAAGCCCAUGAUGUUUGCAUAAACUAUGAGCCACCACAAUAUGCUAGUCAUUGAUGGACAAUGAUUGGAAAUUGUAAAAUUUUAGGGGAAUAAAACCUAACUCAAUCGGUAGUGAGUAUGGAAUUUAAAUAUUUUUUGUUUUCAAACUUUUUAUCAGUGAGGCAAACAUGUUGGGCUAUUUUCAACAAAUCCUACCAUGUCAUGCAAAUCACUUUUUCUUUCCCUAAUACAAAAAAAUGGUGUAGUUUAAUUUCACUGUUAAAUUAACAUUCCUAAAGGCAUUCUAACAUUUUUAUUUUAAAACAUUUGUAAUGCCUUUUUUUCCUUUUCUUAAAACAUUUGAGGCAGCACAUGCUAUGCAACUAGAGCCUUUUUGAUUUGUGCCUUUAUAUAUUGUUUUUAUUGCACUCAGACAGUACAGGUAGUAGCUACUGUGUUUCUCACCAUAAAGGGUAGUUCAUUAUAAUGAGGGUCUCUUUUACACUCUGUGUGAAGUAUGAACACCGAAGAGGAACAUGGAAAAACCUUCGGUUUUAAGAGUUUGAUUCCUGUGGAGUUGGUGCAGCGUGACCACAAGCUUUGUGUAGCUGGGAAACAGUCUGUUUCAUACAAGUUAAAAAAACUUUAACUGCUAAAAUUCUCCAGGCAGAACUGUGGGUUUGUUACAAGAACACUGAAACUAAUUACAAACACAUUCGUAGGAGAAAAAAUGGUCCAAAAAUAACUUAUUUAAUGAGGUCAUUAAGUACAAUUUUGCCAAAUAUGUAUGAACACUUUGAUUUUAAAGAACACCUGAAUAUUGGGUUCAGUAUAUAUAGCUAUACUCUUUUUAGUUUUAGGUCACAACAGCUGAGAUUUUAGUCUAAGAUUUCUGUAAGGUUUAUAAUUAGUUUUACACUUUCAGCUUCUGAAGAGAAAGGUGAUUCGAGUGUUGGAUGACUUGCACAAAAUGGGGAUGCAAAUAAUCUCUUUUAAACUCUAGUAGUAUUUUGCUUCCAUUAUUAUCAUAUACAAAGGAAGCUUGCUGCUGACUUUAAUAAUGUACUCCAUCUUGCCUUUUUUCCCUAUUUCUUCACAAUCUGUUUCCCGGUUGUAUAUCAUUCCCUUCCAAUAAAAUGGAAAACAAAAA